AUGGAGAAGACCGCGACAGCGCCGCCGCCGAAACCGAAAGGCAAAUCUUGGUUCAGCUGGGGCUUGGAGAGCUCGGAAUAUGACCUCUUGAUUCUUUCGACAUCCCUCAAGCUGCUCUUGUUCCCUUCUUAUCGUUCAACAGACUUUGAGGUGCACAGAAAUUGGCUGGCAAUAACACACUCCCUUCCCAUAUCGCAGUGGUACCACGAUACAACGUCCGAAUGGACUCUCGACUACCCUCCGUUUUUCGCAUACUUCGAGAAGCUCCUUUCCAUCCCGGCCUACUUCAUCGACCCGAAAAUCGUAGACCUCAACAAUCUGAACUAUGACGCUUGGUCCGUUGUUGCCUACCAGCGCACGACGGUUAUUCUGUCUGAGCUUGUCCUCGGUGCAGUCCUACUAAGGUUCAUACGAGGCUCUGUGGAUCCAGCAACCCAGCGCAUCAUCUCAGCUUCACUCUUCCUUCAUCCUGGCUUCCUCAUCAUCGACCACAUCCACUUCCAAUAUAACGGCUUCAUGUUCGGCAUACUGCUAUGGUCCAUACUAAUGGCUCGAAAUGGGAAAAAACUGGCCAGCGGGAUCCUGUUUGCAGUUUUGCUCAAUUUCAAGCAUAUCUACAUGUACCUUGCACCGGCAUAUUUCAUCUACCUGCUGCGCUCAUUCUGCUUCUCCCCUUCAGGCAAAUUAGAGAUCAAAAAUUUCCUCUCAUUGGCCAACUCUGUCAUCGCCGUGUUCAUCCUCUCGUUUGGUCCUUUUAUUGUGAUGGGGCAAAUCCCUCAAGUCUUUUCGCGAUUGUUCCCAUUCACGAGAGGUCUCAACCAUGCGUAUUGGGCUCCAAACGCCUGGGCAUUAGUCACUGCUGCCGACAGAGUGUUGUUACGAUAUGUUACUCGCACUGGAGCAGAUGUAGCUAUCAAUGCUUCUGGCGUUGCCUCUACCUCUCGAGGGCUCGUCGGAGAUACUGUCUUCGCAGUAAUACCCAACAUCAAACCUAUGCACACUUUUACGAUCACGGUCGCUUUUCAAUCCGUGCUCGAACUCUUAUCGUUUUUUAUCCUUGGACUGACAACAAUGCAGAUUGCGCUCGUUAAGCUCUGGUUUACCCCGACAUACAAGUCAUUCUUGACUUCCCUGACACUUUGUGGAUACGCAUCAUACCUUUUCGGUUGGCAUGUGCAUGAAAAGGCCAUCCUUCUUGUCCUAGUACCCUUGAGUCUUUUGGCGGCGGAGCGACACGCAUAUUUCAGAACAUUCAUCCUCGCUAGCGUUGCUGGCGUUUUCUCGCUCUUCCCUCUCAUAUUUACGCCUGGAGAGUCCAUGGUGAAAGUGGUCUACUCCGUACUGUGGAUCAUCUUUGUCUACGUGCCUUUGACGAGGAGGGUUUACGAGUACCCAAACUCGUUGUCAUUCGUCAUUAUCGACACACUGGAGAAGGUAUAUCUUGCUGGGUUCCCCCUUCUCCAGCUCUUUGUCACCUUAUUCCCCGUUUACAUGGCACGAAGGGCAACAUCUGAUGUAUCAGGGACUUGUGUCUCGUCAGCAGAGUUCACUUGCCCAGAACCAGAGCCUCAAACGCCUCAAACGAAGGCUAUGGAAUUUUUGCCUCUCAUGUUAACAAGUGUCUACUGCAGUGUAGGGCUUGUUUGGGGAUUCUGUCGGUUGACGUACAUAUACCUAAACGAGCAGACCUAUCUAGGCCCGCUGGAUCGGAUAUAA